AGCUCUCCGAGCCUGCAGGUAUAUACCCAUCUUCUUGCAGGAGGUUCCCUCGAUGAGGUACGCCGGAUGAGCCUGCGGUCUGAUUGCAGCGAUGCGCUUCUCGCUUGGAAAGGGAGACGCCAAUCUGCUAACGCGAGGUUGCGAUGGGCUCGCCUCCGUGGGAGCAGGAAGAGGAAGCGUUUGCUGGAUUGUUUACCGUCUGUGGGUGGGACUGUUCAGCUGCAGCAACAGCAAAAUUGAGUUUGUCUGUAUGAUUUGUAUUUGGGGCAAGUAAAGCAGGUAUCACAGCUCUGUCCUGCAGGUUACUGAAAGGACGAGUGUGCGAGUUUUGUUUUCUUUUCAUGGCGGUAGAAGGCGGUGUGCGGAUUGUACUGUUACAGUAACCAGCUGUGUCGGUAGUACUCGCUACUUAAGUCAAGUGUGAUUGAAUAAAAAACGAGUAUUAUAUUAUUAAUAAUAAAAGCCUGCAUAAGGACAGGAUUUCUGUCACAAACUAGUAGUCAGAGAAGAUGGACUUCAGUAUGUACGUUUCGUUCUUUCAAUACGAGCUCGCCUCUAGCAUCGAGCACGCGGUGAAAGGGACUGUGGACACCGUCUUGUGUGAAAUUGCAAAAGUUGUCGGCAGCAAAUUCACUGAAUUCCAAAUUGAAAUUGCUGGAAAAGAGAAAGAGAAUGAAAGUCUGAAGCUGAAACUGGAAAUAUCAGAGAGCGAGCUGAAAGCAAUGCGAGAAUGCAUGAACGCUGCAGAUGCGGACAUUAAACAUCUCAGAAACAUGAACCCAGACUGUAAUGAACAAUACUAUCCUAGGUAUAAGAACCAAGGAUUGUUCAUCAGAGCUAAAGAUAAUAAAGAGAGGCAGGCUUUCAUUGAAGCAGAUGAGGAGCCAAACGUAGAAGCAGUUUACACACAAGAGGGGAUCUUUGAUCAUGAACAGUGUGCAAGUUUAAUACAGGAUACAGAGCAGACUUCUUUGGAAGGUAAAGAAGCCCCAAGACUUGAGAUUGUCCACAUUAAAGAGGAGGCAACUGAACUGGAACUUGUCCACAUUACAGGGGAAGUUUCUAAAGAAAAUAAAGUCAAUAUGCUGGAGGAGAAUAUAGCUAUGCUGGGAUCUAGCCAUUUUGAUGAUUGUCCUCCUGAAUUGGUCCACAUGAAACCCAAUCAGUCUGUCUCUGAAGACGCUUGUUCUAGUGUUGGAGAAGAGGGCACUGUGCUGGGGUCCGUUCAGGGGGAACAUCACACCCCAGAAGAUGGAAAGGAGGAAGGAGCAAUGCCAUGCACUAGCAGCACAACAUAUAUAAGAAGAUACAACACCACUCCAGCACCCCAGUGCAAAAUCUCUUCUGAUGGCAAAAUGCAUCGUAAGGAUCACAGAGAUUCAACACCGCAAGAUGAAUAUGUGAAGAAACUGGGAACUCGCUCAGUUCAAAAUCUUUCUGUACAAGAUAGCAGACCACUUACUCUGGGUUAUAUAUUUACUCCACAUCCCGAGGUUGUUAAUAAUUCUGCAACCCAGGGCAACUUCAUUCCCCUACAAACUCCCCUGCAGAUUCCUUCAGAGCAGAUCUUCUAUCACUGUACUGAAUGUGGCACCAAUUUCAGUGACCUAGGAAACCUGAAAGCACACCAACAGAUUCACAAAGAAGAAAAACCCCAUCACUGUACUGAAUGUGGAAAAAGCUUCAGAUGGGUAGGUGGGCUUAUAACCCACCAGCGUAUUCACACAGGAGAGAAACCCUAUCUGUGUACUGAGUGUGGGAAGAGAUUCAGAGAUUCAGUCAAAUUAAAAGUACACCAGCGAAUUCACACUGGAGAGAAGCCUUAUGAAUGUCCUGUAUGUGGAAAGGGUUUCAGUCGGAGAGACAACCUUAGAAUACACCACAGAAUCCACACAGGAGAGAAACCUUUUGAGUGUACUGACUGUGGGAAGAGAUUUGUAGAGUCAAAUAUGCUAAAGAGACAUCGUCGAGUUCACAGAAAUUUAGUCAGUUAGGACACUUAAACAAAAUAGUUUACAGAAUGCAAUGACCUCAGUCACACCAGAAUACCAAAACAGACCCACUUUUCUCUCUGUCAGUUUUAAUUGCAAAUUGCAGGUAACUGUUAAAGUAAAUGUAAUUAUAACAAAAUGUAUGUAAAAUGAAAAAAAAGAUUCCUAUCCUGCAGCACCUAUAUUAUGUAAGAGCAGUGUGUGACUAUACUGCAGCAAUCAUGGAAAAGCAGAAGGAUGAUGGUUAUUAUUCAAGCAGCAGGUGUCCCUGUAACUGGCUUAUUCCUCAGUGCAGCGGCUGCAUUGACCGACGUGCCUAUCAGGACAGUGCUGGGAGUUCAUGGAAUGGCCAGAUUUGCAGAAAGACAUCAGCAGGAAGCUAUAACUGCAGCAUACAGACGUGUGUCAUGCAUUGUGAUGAGCAACAGAAGUGAUUCAAAUUGCAUGAGCUGCACCAAUGGACCGUUAGGUUAUUGAGAUCACAAUCCUAGUUAACAAAUAGCUACACUUUCCUUGUUUUACACUGAUAACAUUUUAUUUUCUUGCCAGUACAUGGUUACAGAAGCCCUUUUCACACUGGCAUGCUCUGCCUGUAUAAUAAUAAUAAUAAUAAUAAUAAUAAUAAGAUAUUUAACAAUUACAAAAAAACAUUUUAAAAUAGGUAUGGCUUAAGCUUGAAACCACAAAAGUCAGGAAAUUCCUUACAAACACAAAUGACAAUUACAUUAACUUCAGUGGUGCAGCUUGAAGCCACACCAAUCAUGAAAUGCCAUACCACCCAUAACUCAUCCAGGUUAGGCUUUUAUCAUAGAUACCGAGAUGUGAUGGGCAGGGUAACAUUUAAUAAUAAGGGGAGCAGUGAAAAUGGCAGUGGUAAGAACAUUCAUUUUAAACCUCAGCAACAACAUCUUAACAAGGAAAAGUUCCACUAAACAAUGAUAAUGGGAGCAGAGAAAAUACAUCUCCAAUCACAUUUUCAC